AUGAAGGUCCUCCUUCUGCUCCUUCUCUCCCCCCUCCAAGGGGUGGGAGCCAUUGGACGCUGGGAAGAGGAUUUCCGCUUCUGCGGUGACCGGAACCAGACCCAGAACAGCUCCGUCAUCUAUGAGCACGGCCCUGCCACCAUCUCCAUCGAGAACACGGCCCAGGCGCUGAUAAUAAAAAGGCCCUUUUUGCCAAACAGGAGAAACUCUUACUACAAGUACAGCUUGCCCCCCACCUUGGGCAGGUACCGCUUCUGCAUCUACUGGUUCAAGGCCAACAGGACCCUGAGGCUGGCAUAUGGGAAGCAGAGCUUCCUCCUGGGAGGGGACCCAUCCAGCCGCCUCCCCCGGGGGAAGGAGAGUCAGAAGACUGAAAGAACCAGCACAUCCAUCUUCAAUGUGUCCUACAUCUCAAAGGGUGGGAAGAACACCUCCCUUGACAGCGCAUCUGAAUACUUCUUCCCUGCCUCUCCAGAGAGCAUGCCCGUCUGGGAGCAAGACGUGGAGGAGCAGCUCACCACCCUGGACAGCCUUAUUGCCCAGCCCCCGGUGCUGGCCGCAGGAGCCACGGAGCAGCGGAUGCUUCGGCGCAAGCUUGGGGAGCUGGAGAAGGCACUGGCCAAGGUAGAGCUUGAAGGGCAGAACCAGACCUUUGGGAAGGCCACUGUGCAUGCGACCGUCCUGAGGGUCCAGCCCACUCAGGAUCCUCGAAACUUGGCCUUUUCUUCCCAGAGAGAGGAGGGUGGAGAGGUCCAUGGGUUCACGGUGGACCUGCCAAGCAGCCUGUUCAUGACGGCAAAGGAGAGGGAGGAGGUGGUGGAGCACAGGGUGCUCCUCCUGGAUAUCAACAGCCAGACCAUAUUCCAGGAUGAAAACAGCAGCCACAUCCUGGGGGACAAGGUGGUCGGCAUCUCCUUGGUGGACACGGUGGUGGCCAAUCUCUCUGACCCAGUGGUCCUCACUUUCUUCCACAACCAGCUGCCGAGGAACGUGACCCCGCUGUGCGUCUUCUGGCAGGAGGACUCCACCGCCAGCUCUGGGAGCUGGGACAGCUACGGUUGUACAACAGCAACGAGGGGCAGCCAGACGGACUGCAGAUGCAACCACCUCACCUACUUUGCUGUGCUGAUGGUAUCCUCCCCAGAGAUCACCUAUAUACACAGGGAUUACCUGAGUAUCAUAACCUACAUCGGCUGCCUGAUCUCAGCGUUGGCAUCCAUUUGCACCAUCUUCUUCCUCUACUUCAGAAGCAAGCAGCGAGACCAGAUCACAAGCAUGCACAUCCACAUGAACCUGCUGGGUGCCAUCUUCCUCCUGGACAUCACCUUCCUCAUCUCCGAGCACUUGGCUUCCAGCAGCAGCGAGGCGGUCUGCAGAGCCGGCGGGCUGUUCCUGCACUUCUCCCUCCUGAGCUGCCUCACCUGGAUGGGCAUCGAGGGCUACAACCUCUACCGGCUUGUGAUCGAAGUCUUCAACGCCUACCACGACCACUUCCUCCUCAAGCUCUGCCUGGUGGGCUGGGGACUUCCCUUCUUCUGCGUGAUGCUGAUCUUCCUGGCUAGCUGGACGAACUAUGGUCCCUUCUCCAUCCCUGUCUAUGAAUCUGUUGGUGGCAAAUCCACCAAUGCAACCAUAUGCUGGAUCACAAGCUCCCUGAUCCAUAACGUCGUGAACCUGGGUUUCUUCAGCCUGGUGUUCCUCUUUAACUCGGUCAUGCUGGGGGCCAUGGUCCGGGAGAUCCUCCGGCAGAACAAGAAAGGCCACAAGCUCAAGCACGUCCUUGCCCUCUUUGGGCUCAGCAUCCUGCUGGGCAUCCCCUGGGCCCUGGUCUUCUUCUCCUUCACCUCCGGCGUCUUCCGCCUUGUCUCCCUUUACAUCUUCACCAUCAUCAAUUCCCUACAAGGUUUCCUCAUCUUCCUCUGGUACUGGACCAUGGUGCUACAGGCAAGAAGGCCCCCUGACUCGCAGAGCAGCUCCGACAGCAUCAAACUGCAGCCCAACAGCAGACAGAGCCACCUCGGCUGA